CUUUCCUGCAGUAUAAUUUAUUAGUGGAAAGUAUAUCAGUUGUUUUUCGUAUUGUAAUUAUUAAUUCCCCUGCAAAGCUAUGUCUAAUGAAGAGCGUUUGAGGAAGCUUCUAUCAGAUUUAGGUAAAGCUACAUUACGGGGAGUUCGUAAGUGUCCAAAAUGUGGCACGUACAAUGGAUCCCGUGGUUUGUGUUGUAAAAAUAAAUACUGCGAUGCAGUAUUUAAAGAACCUGGUGAAAGAAGGAAAUUAUCUACGGAAGCAUGUAAGCUGAUUACAGGGACAACUGCUCAAGUUUUUUCUGUUCGAGUGCGUGAUAAAGGUCCUGAUUAUCGUGGAUUUGUUCAGUUACCAUUAAUAAAUGCAACAAUUUCCAAUGAAAUGACAACACUUAUUUCACAAUCUACAGCACUAUGUUUUGUUGAUAGUUGUGAACGAAGUUUUGAUACCAGUGUCCUCAAGUGUCAUGAAAAGAAUCCAUCUGACAUGCUUGUUUCUACAUGUCAACACAUACAGGCAGCUUUAAGAUGUUAUGCAGAAGCACAACCAUUAACAUUAAGGAAUUCUAUUUUAUCAACUUUAAAUGUAAAUAAUGAAAUGAAACAAGAGAUAUGGUUACUAGCUACAGAAACAUCAGGACCUUUAGUACAACGUGUAUCUAAAAAUAUCAUGGCUGUAAAGUGUAAAGCUUCACCAAAACAUCCAUUGGGUUACCUUCAUUUUUCUCUCUUUAGUACGAAAUUGAAAGAUAGAAUUGAGCAUCGUUAUGUUUGUUCUUGUUCUGCUUUUAAGGGUGUGAUGAAAACAACUGAGGAGAACAUGGAUUUAGGACAAUCUUCACACAAUCAACAUUGUGUACAUUUUUAUGCAUGUAUAUGUGCAUUUGCUAGCGAUGAAAAGUUAUCAGAAGAGUUUAGUUAUUAUAUAAAUUUCGAUCAGACUGAUUUAAGUAUACCAAAACCAUUGACAACAAUGUUACAAAGUAAUGAACAGGAAAAAAUAAUUGGAAUUGAUCUCGAUGGAUUAACUACUGAUGAUACAGAUACACAUCUUCUAAUAUUUCGAGAUGAUACUUUAACAGUACAGAGUUUAGAUGGAAAUAGAUUGGACUUAGAUUCAAUGAAUUUGGAUUCUACAAUCUUACCACAUAGUAUUGUUGAAAAUAUUGAAGUAGAGUGUGACCGUACACUAUUAGAAAAUAAUAAUUUAAUAUCACAGGUACACAAUUUAGAAGUAAUUCAUCAAAACAAUGUGCAACUUGGAGGAAGCACAGUCAAAAUAUUGGAGGAUCAGACAGCUAUAGAUUCAAAAUAUAAUGUGCUUAAUAACAGUCAGUACAUCCUAAAUGAUAAUAAUAUAAAGAUAUUGAAUACUGGAACUUUGAAAGUUCUCGAUACAACUGCAAUUUUGGAUGUGAAUAAUAUGAAAUUAAUUGAUACUACUGUUUCAAACACCACUGGUGUGAAAGUAUUAAAUAAGAACGUACUGAUACAGUAUGAUGCUGGAAAUAUCUCAAAUACAGAAGGUGGUAGUUUACAGCAACCUUUUUCAACAAAGCGUAAAAGGGAUGAUAAACCAACAAGUACAAAUGCCACGAGUUUGAAUAAUUUAAAUUCUAUCGAACCACGAAAAGCAAAAACAAAAUCACAAAUUGUUAAAAAAUAUCACAAUCCUUGUGAAGAUUUAGACGAAGCCAACAUAAAUUUACCUUUCAUUAAAUGGUUAGCAUCUAUAACUGAAAGAAUAAACCAAACCAUGCACUUUCAAUUUGACGGAAAACCCGAUCCUCUAGUAUUUCAUGUACCACAAAUAUUUUUUGAUUGCUUACGUGAAAGGAUAUCUUGCGGUGGUAAAAAGAAACGAUUACCAAAUUCAACGACUGCGUUCGUCAGAAAAGAUGGUGUACCGUUAGGUACAUUUACAAAAUAUACCUGGCAAAUUACUAAUAUUCUACACGUCAAGAGUAUUUUCGAAACAUCGCUUAUUCCUUUAGAAAUAACAAGAAGUUUUGUACAAAAUGCAGAUGGUACAUAUGAGUUGUACAAACGGGAAGAAACGGAAAUUGAUCGAUACAAAAAAACUAACAACAAUGCAUUGAUUAAGCCUUUAGAAUUAAAAACGUAUUUAAAAGUUGGUAAUACAUCUCCAAAUCAAGUUGAACCAACGCCAUUUUUGAUAGAGUGGAUACCGGAUAUCUUACCAAUAUCAAAAAUUGGUGAACUUAGAAUUAGAUUUGAAUUUGGUCAUGUAAAAAAUGAAACAAGUCACAGAUGGAGGAAAGUAGCCUUGUUAAAAAACUGUUAA